CGUUAUCUCAAAUUCGCAGGUACCAAAUAUAUUUCCUCUAUUUUCAUCAUUCAACAACCAAACUUAGCGCUAUAAAGAACUCUGUGUAUCAAAUUAUAUAAAGAAAAUGAGUGAUAAAGACACGCCAAUCGAAUAUCAAUUUACAAAUACUAAGCAUCAGUAUUUGGCAGCCGUUAUAGGAAAUCUAAUGUUUUGUGCACAUGGUUCGAUGAUGGGAUGGCCAGGGCCGGCAUUACCAAUACUGUUGUCCGAAAAUACUCCACUAAAAACCGGGCCAUUAUCAAACGAACAGCUGUCUUGGAUCGGAUCAAUUAGCGCUCUUGCAGCGAUUUUAGGCACAUUCACUUUUGGCUUUUUCACCAUGUUUCUGGGAAGUAAGCGGACAAUGCUUUUUCUCAUGUUGCCAACAGUAAUUUUUUGGGUGCUUAUUUACAUUGGAGACUCAUAUUAUCACGUUCUAAUCGCUCGAUUUUCUACUGGAUGGACUGGUGGUGGUGUUCAAACCACGGUUAUUCUAUAUAUCUCUGACAUUGCAAACGAUGACAUUCGAGGCCGAUUAGGAAGUUUUUCUCCUUUAUCACGAAAUACUGGGGUCUUGAUCGUUUAUAUUUUAGGCGCAACCAUUCCAUACAAGAUUGUACCGUGCAUUUUUGUGUUCAUUCCAAUUAUAUUCGGGAUUUUAUUCUUUUUCCUGCCGAAUACGCCACAGUAUCUACUUGAAAAAGGACAGGUUUUGAAAGCCGAAAAAUCCUUGAAAUUUUACAAAGGAUACACUGGAAAAAGUGUGGACGAGGUAAUUGCGUUUAGUGCCGAAUUCGAAAGGCAAAAGGUGAUUGCGAAAAAGUUAAAAGUUGAUGAGAGAAUCAUGUUAAAAGACAUCUUUAAUCGACAUUCAAUGAAAGGGCUAUUGAACGGCAUAACACUGGCGGGCUUAGUGCAUUUGUCAGCAUCUUUGGUGAUUGUAACGUAUUCCGUUGUAAUUUUCCAGAAAGUUGGUGUUGUACACUUCGAUCCAUACAUUUCAUCAAUCACAAUAGCCGUGAUGCAGAUAAUGGGCACAUUGUGUACGACUCACCUUUCAGAUUCGAUGGGCCGGAAAAUACUGUUGAUCAUUUCAUUAUUGGGUUCCGCCUGUGGUCUAUUCGCAUUUUCGUUGUACUCUUACCUUAAGGAGAAUGGAAGUGAUUUAUCAGCAUUUGAAUGGGUACCCAUAGCCAGUUUGUCAUUUGUCAUAUUUAUCGCUUCGGCUGGCAUCUUACCAUUAUUUUUCGUGGUAACAGUGGAAAAUCUACCAUCAAAGAUUCGUACCGUCGGUUUAACCAUAUGCAAUAUAUUCCUGAAUCUUGCAUCGUUCAUUUGCUUAAAACUAUUUCCAACGUUAACGGUAAUAAUCGGACUGCAUGGGUGUAUGCUUAUUUUUGGCAUUGCAUGUAUUCUGGGCUCCCUAUAUAUACUAUUUGUGAUUAAAGAAACUAAGGGUAUUUCCAUGGAUGCAGUUCAAUCCAAAAAUCACUCUACAAAUAACUCUUGCUGAAAAGUCUUUAUAAGUAUCUUGAUAAGGUAAAUUUUGUGCGUAAAAUACGAAAAUUAGAUUGAAAAAAGCCAGUAGCAUUAUUUUAUACACCGCUAUAAUAAUACAAACAAAUAAAUAACACCCUAAAUUUAAA